AUGAACGUUUAAUAAACUAAAACAUCCUCACUUAAGGACUUUUAAGUAAUUUAAGAGUUGGGGAAGGGAUCAUUUAGCACAGUAUAUAAGGUUAAAAGAAUAGCAGAUGGUUAGGAAUAUGCAUUAAAGAAAGUGAAAUUAGGAUCCUUAAAAUACAAAGAAAAAGAGAAUGCGCUAAAUGAAGUCAGACUGUUGGCUUCGAUUAAUAGCAAGUACAUCGUAGCCUAUAAAGAAGCCUUUUUCGAUGAUGAAUGUAAAUGCUUAUGUACUGUAAUGGAACUUUUAUCUGGAGGUGAUGUCUAUCGCAGAAUCACUUAAGCUCAAAAGGGAGGACCACAAUUUUCAGAAUAGGAUAUAUGGAUAGCCUUGAUUCAUAUGAUCUUGGGAUUGAAAACUCUUCAUGAUUAGAAGAUAGUGCAUAGAGAUUUAAAAUCAGCAAAUGUUUUCCUUUCUAGUGAUGGAACUUUCAAAUUGGGAGAUCUAAAUGUGUCAAAAGUAGCUAAAUAGGGAUUUGUUUAUACUUAAACUGGAACACCAUAUUAUGCUAGUCCAGAGGUGUGGAGAGAUGAACCUUACGAUUUGAAAAGUGAUAUAUGGUCAUUAGGCUGUGUUCUUUAUGAAAUGUGUUGUUUGCAAACUCCAUUCAGAGCGAAAGAAAUGGAUGUUCUUUUUUAAAAGGUUUAAAAAGGGCUAUAUGAUUAAAUACCAGCCAAAUAUUCUAAAGAUCUUGCUUAAAUUAUCUCUUUACUAUUGAAAACGUAAUCUUCAUAAAGACCUAAUUGUGAAGAAUUAUUAAAAAAUCCCAUCAUUCAAAAUAGAAUGAGGGAUAUUGAAACUCAUAUCAAUCCUUAGCCAUAAAAUUAGGAACUGUUAAAAACUAUAUAAAUCCCAAGGACUACUGAUUAAUUAAAUUCUCAAUUUCCUAAAUCGAAAUAUGAAAACGAGAUUAUGAGCAUUGAAAGAAACAUAGAGAAUAAAUCUACAGAAAACUCAUCUAGUCCUUUCAGAUCUCCAUAAUAAAUCAUUAAAACAUAAUAAGAUUCGAGAUUAAGUUAAGUUAAAGAUAGAUAAAUCACUGAUAUAACCAAGAGCAUAGCUUAUUUGGAGAGAAAAAACAAGCAUCCUUUGUUAAUUGAAGGACCUAGGCCAUCUGCAUCGAGAAAAUUGGAAAAACCGAAAUCUGCCUAACCUCAAUAGCGUUACAACAAUUAUGAUAAAGAAUCUUAAUUAGGAGAUUCGUAUGUUAGGAAUUCAUAAAUUAAUAAAAUCAAAGAAUUUGAAAAUCUAAGAAUCAAAAGGGAAAAUGAACUGAAGGCUAUUUAAGAAUUAAGAAAAUAAGAAAUCCAAGAUUCUAAAAUUAGAGAACUAAGAAACUUAAAAUAAAUUAGAGAUGCCUCCAAAGAAUUAAUUGCUGAAAAUAGAAGAAUAUCUCCAAUUUCCUAAGCAAAAUAAAAUGGAUAAUAUGGAGAGUAUUAACACUAAUAUGGAAUUUAAAAGCACUCCUACUCUCCCAUAACUAGAAAAGUCGAACUACCUUAAUAUAAUAACAAAGUAGUAUAAAGUCAAAUAUAAUGUAGACCUUAAAUAAGUUAAUCAAUUAAUAUCAGCAAUCCAAGUCAAUAGAUUCGACAACCAAUACUUUAUCAAGAAGCUAUUACAAGCAAGAGAUAAUAAGUUCCAUAAUCUGCAGCGCCCGUCUCUUAAAUUUAUUCAUCAAACUAAUAAUAACUACCAAAAUCCGAUAGAUAUCAACACCCCUAAUCGGCAUUGCCAGCAAGGGUAUAGUCACAGAAGCUAGAAAGAUCAUAAGUAUUUCCAGUUUAAGCAAGAGUUGUCAAAACAAAACCGAAUGAUUCUAAUGCAAUUAAUAAAAAUUAAUCAACAACGAAAUAGACAAGGCCUUUAUCUUCAAAUUUAAUUUCUAAUGAAAGACUUUCAAAAUAGGAAUACUAGCCUUAAAGUAAUUAAAUUCAUGUAAACUACAACCAUUAUUACCCAAUCGAAACCUAUUAGAGGCAUGCAUCAGAUUAAAAUUUAAUUAAAUAUUAGUAAAGAUAAUAAAACAGAUAACUAAAAUAAAAUUUAGAGAGCAGAAAAAUAUGA